AUGGCCACAGGAUUAACUGGCUCAAGUGAAAGCGAAAGAUUUGGAGAAACAUUGAGAGAAAUACAUGUAUACUCUCUGCAGAAAGAGGGCAAGGUAAGGGCAGCCUGCAGCCCAAGUGCAGAGCCAGCAGGGAGGAGGAGGCAAAGAAGAAGAGGGUCCUUCUGGGACAGUCAGCCAGGGUCAGAGAGCCAGGUGAGGGCAGCAAAACCCCAGGGAAUUGUGAGGGAGCCGCGGCGGCUGCCAGGGCUCCCUCCAGUCUGCAGCAAGGCAGAGGCUGUGCCCGCCAAGCCCAAACCCAAGCCGCAGAGCCUGUCUCCCCUGAGGGCAAAGACCCCAGGCCCCUGGAUCCAGGAAGGCUACCCUGAGGGCUCCUUCGAGGAUUGCCUCAACUAUGACAGCUCUCUGUCUUCCUCCUCCACACUGCCUCCCCGCAAAAGGCAGAGGACAAACAACUGCGAAGCUCAGGCCCAGAGCCCAGCAGCAGCAAAGGUGCCUCAAAGCAAGGCUCAAAGCUGCAAGGAUCUGAAUCUCCUCCUGGCCGCCAGUCCCUUUCCAGAGGUCACCUACACCCUUCAAGACUGCUUCCCACAGGAGGGACCCGAGCACUCUUCCUUCACCAAUGGGCAAGAAGAAGCACCUUGGGCUUGGAGGAGCAGCUCGAAAACGCCUGUGUAUUCGGGUCACAGACCGGCCAGACCUCUCCCACAGAACUCGCACCAAGGAUGCCUUGCUAAACCACACUCUUGGUGGGAAACUCAGGGCCAACCCGCUCCUCGGGAGGACACCCAGCUCUGGAGUCAGCAAAAGGGGGAGUCCGGGACCCAGAUCCACACUGACAAGCAAACUCACAGCCAGACUGAGCCCCAGGCACACCUCAGGCAGCAGGACUCCCUGGACCUGAAGCUGCAAGCCCUGAGUGCAUGCAUCCUAAACUCUGAAGCCAAGAAGCCUCAAGGCCGCCAAACUAAGAUGAUCUUCCAUGCCCAGGCCACAAGUCCAGGCCAACAUGCAGACUUGGGACCCGGAGCGGAGGCUGCCCCCAAAAAUGUGCACAGCUUCAAUGAAGCCUCUGGCCCUGGGCUUCUGUGCAGGGCUCCCCCCCUGCCCUUGGGCUGUAGCCACAAGACCCUGGCUAAGAAACCUGCCCCCCUCAUGGCCAAGGCCUUCAAGGAUUACAAGAACAGGUGGUCUAGGAAGUGA